GCAGACUGUGUUUACUGACGCCAUAAAACACUUUAUAAGGACUUUAGACCAGCCAGGUACUGCACUCUGGGCCCGUCUGGUACAUGUGUGAAGAAGUACAAGGGACGAGCGGCUGUGGUCACAAUGGACAGAGUAGUAGCUGUGAUAGUACUACUGCAAAUACUACUACUGCAAAAUGCGCACUGUCAGAACACCGUCACGUGGUGCACGCUGUCGACGCAGGAGCAGAGAAAAUGUAACGCCAUGUCGCAGGCGUUCUCCGCGGUGACCAUCCGCCCCACGCUCAAAUGCAUCAACGGACAAACGACGGACGGCUGCGUGAACAAACUACAGAAAAAUGAGGUGGAUGUCCUGUCCAUGGACGCAUCGGACAUCUACAGACUGGGGAAGCACACCUCUUUCAAGAUGGCCGCCAGUGAGACCAAACAAGAUGACACCGGCGCGGCGUACUACGCGGUGGCAGUGGUCAAGAAAACUAACUCCGGGCUGAACGUGAACUCUCUGAAGGGCCGGACGAGCUGCCACACGGGGAAGGGUCGGACGGCGGGAUGGACCGUGCCUCUGGGGUUCCUCACGGACUCGGGACGAAUGUCGGUCAUGAGCUGCGACUUUGCAAAAGGUUUGUCGGAUUUCUUCAGUGCCAGUUGUGUCCCUGGAGCGAACCAGGGCGACCCUCCGUCCCUGUGUAAGCAGUGCCGUGGGAACGCCGCAGGGCAGUACAAGUGUGACCUGAGCGAACAAGAGCGCUAUUUCAGCUACAGCGGUGCCUUCAGGUGUCUGGUGGAGGACGCAGGAGAAGUGGCUUUUGUUAUACACACCACAGUGUCGGACAACACAGACAACAAAGGUCCAGAUUGGGCCUCGGGGCUGAAGUCCACAGAUUACCACCUGCUGUGUCCGGACGGUCGCAGAGCCGCAGUGACUGAGUGGAGGAGCUGUCACCUGGCCCGCGUCCCCUUCAGAGGCGUGGUGGUGCGGGACGGCCUGAGCCCCACUGUGGUCUUCAACAUGCUCCGCGAGGGGAUAGCGAAAUCUAGUUUCAACCUGUUCUCCUCGGCGGACUUCGGAGGUGGGACCGUGCUGUUUUCUGACGAGACCACAGACCUCCUCCCCGCUGAGGCCGAGGACCCUGUGGCCUGGAUGGGACGCUCGUACUACAACGCCAUGAAGGCAAUGGACUGCACCAGCGAAGACCAGCUGAGGUGGUGUGUGUUGUCCGGGGCGGAGCAGCAGAAGUGCGCCGACAUGGGAGUGGCUUUCAACGGGAAAGCACUGACUCCUCGUCUCACCUGUUUGCACGGAGACUCGCUCGAGAACUGCCUCCAGAGGAUCAAGAAUAAAGAGGCAGAUGCCAUCACACUGGACGGGGGGCACAUUUAUACAGCAGGAAAAGACUAUGGCCUGGUGCCCGCGGCUGGAGAAACCUACUCAGAUGACAGCGACGGAUCCAACUACUACGCCGUUGCCGUGGUGAAGAAGAGCAGCACCGACAUCCGUAACCUUGACGACCUGCGUGGCCGCCGCUCCUGUCACACGGGAUACGAGCGCACGGCCGGCUGGAACAUCCCGGUGGCUGCUCUGAUAGAGAGAGGCCUCAUCUCCCCUCAGCAGUGCCAUAUACCCCAAGCGGUGAGUGGCUUCUUUUCUCAGAGCUGUGUCCCCGGGGCCAAUCAGCCGGGCCUCCCCAGCGGCCUGUGCUCUCUGUGUGUGGGAGACCAGAGCGGCCAGAACAAGUGCGAGAAGGGGAAGGACCUGUACGACGGAUAUGGCGGAGCGUUCAGGUGUCUCGCAAAGGGAGACGGAGAUGUGGCUUUUGUCAAACACACAACAGUUUUCCAGUACACAGAUGGUAGCUCGGGUGAGUCCUGGGCCACAGACUUGCGCUCCUCAGACUUCCAGCUGCUCUGUGCUAACGGCGCCAAAGCGGACGUAUCGCAGUUUAAAUACUGUCACCUGGCCCGAGUCCCGUCCCACGCCAUCAUGGUCCGACCUGACACCAACGUGCACAGUGUUUACGGGCUGUUCGACUACGCACAGAAAUACUUUGGCAGCGAUACGGGCCCCGAUUUUAAGAUGUUCGACUCGAAAUCCUACAACUCCUCAGACCUGAUGUUCAAAGACUCCACGGUGCGUUUAGUGGGAGUGGGAGAAAGGAAAACGUACGAGGAAUGGCUGGGACAGGGAUAUAUGGACUCGCUGACAGACCUGCAGUGCAACUCCUCUAGUGCAGCCGUGUCGUCCGUGUGGCUGCUACUGCUGGCUCUGCUCAUCACUGGAUUCUACAACAACAUCUAAGCUUCUGAAUUCCUCCUCAAAUCUUCAGCAUCGUCAGAACGCGGGAAAAAGUCGAUAAUUCACAAAGUUAUUCUGGUUGACAUUGCAGUGUUUCCCAUUAAUAGAGAAAACGAUGAUCCCACCUCCCAUAGUCUAGAAGAAAAUGAGCAAAAAUUACUUUAAAAUUACAACUUUUUGCUUGUUGUGUUGAAAAAUCUAUAAAUGUAACUUUAAUUUAUCUUUAACCUGUCCAUUUUUUUAAAUUAGUAGAAGCAAAACAUGACACAUUUAGCCCCCAAAGUGUAUUUAAUGGAGCCGGCCCACUUCAAAAUCCACUCUGGUUCCUGAAGUAAAAUUUUUCCCAUAAACUUUUCCAAAAAAAAAAGUUUAAAGAUGUCGACGAGGACUCAUUUCCAUAACGUUUUGGUUGUUUUAAGCCCAGAAAGAGUCACCAUAAUCUCGAUCUGUGGGAAACACUGCAUUACAAAUAGUUCCUGGUCAGUUUUGGUGAAUCUGAAGAGGACGCUUGUGGAGUUUUUUUUUUUUGGUUACAGACAGUGGGCAGCCAUAUCAGUGCGUAUGCUCCCACUUGUUACAUCGUCCACACAUCCACUUCAUCUAAAACUGACUUUAUAACUGAAGCUAACUCCAUCUUUACAACGCCGCCAUUCAAAAUCUAUAUGUCUAUGUAACACUAGAUUGUACGUCAAAGGAUAUGCAGUGGCAGAGUGGUUAACCCUCCUCCAAAGUUCCCGCUUUAGACCCCAUCCCUAUGUUUCCUUUUGAUACUUUGCAGCUGAUGUCGUCAACAUUCCCCGGGGGACGUCACGCUAACUAGAAGAACUGCUCGGUCUGAAGCUCUGUUUGUCAAACGUUAAUCCGCGCUUUGUUUUAACACAUUCUGACCAAAAAGAACUGACUUAGCUGGAAUUACAACAGGUGAGCUGAUUUUGUGCUGUUAAAGAAGUCCCUCUCAAAUAACGUAACAGUCGCGAGCUAGCUAGCGUUACCUAAAACGUUUUUUCCAGUUAGUCACUCUCAUCUUUGAAAAUGAAACAUGUGAACACUACGCUGAAAAUGCUUUGUUUCUUGAGCGUACAGACGAUCCACAAACUUAUGCGGCACUGCUUGUGAAUGUGUACGUUGUGUCGCCAUAGUAACUGCUGAACAUUCCACCAUAGGCAUACAUGUAGAACACCCCAGCACGGUAUCACCGCAAAGUAUCAAAAGUGCAGUCCUAGUAAUCUCGUCUAACUUUUAGCCUAUUUUUUUUCCACAUUUGCCUGAACGCUUUAAAGUCCAACCAGUAUUUCAUUGUUAGAAAGUUUAAGCCCAAGUAUUAGAGAUUGUAUAUUUAAUAGGGCUGCAAGAUUAAUCGCAAUCAAAUAGAAAAUGCAAUUUAAAUGGACACUAUUAGCAAAUCGCAAAGGCUGCAACAACAAACAACAAAACCUCCUCUUAUUUUGCCUAAAGAACUGCUCCUGUAUAUCUGUAUUAACAUGUUCGUCAGUUCAUAUUUCAGUCUUUUUGUCAAUUCUUCUAGACGUGUUUAAAACAUAAAUCUUAAUUGUAAUCAUAACUGCAAUGCUUGUCAGAGAAACUGCAAUUAGAUAUUUUUGCCAAAUAGUUCAGCCCUAAUAUCUAAAGUACAAAACAAAACUCUAAUACAACAGUAAAUACAGUGUGGUGCUGGCUGGCCGACUACAUUGGAUAUUGCUGCUGUUUAGAGACUAUUUAGACCAAAUUAUUCAAAAGUGAAAUCUACACACUUUCCAACCCGUUAUUCAGUUGAGAUUUGAGGAGAAUUCUCAUCACUUCUUUAAAUAUCUCUGUAAUCCCUCAGUCGUUCAGAACGUUUUAGAAGUGAAGACGUUUCUCAGUUCUGGUCAGAUUACUGGUUUGGACGAGCAGCGAAACGUCUUCACUUCAACAACGCUUUGUCCAGUUGACAGAUUUUACAUUUUUCUUUUGCUACUUCUUUAAAUAAUCAAUAACACGGGAAUGCUUUUUUCUUAGGACAAUCUGAAUUGUAAGAAUAGAAGUACGACAGUGAUUUGACUUGAUUCCAUGUGUUUUUCAGUGUUAAGAGAUACUAUAUUUUUAUAUGAAGUUCAGCUGCCAUAUCAGUGUAUAUGUACUGACUCAUUCUGUCAGAGAUGAAUGCCUUCUCUGUUUCUUUUGAGAAAUGAUUGUGAUCUGACUAAUAUUUAGUUGCCAGGCCAGUGCGUCUGCAAAAGUAUUAUGGAAACUACUGUGAGCUCUUUGAAAUAAAUGUACUGCAACUCA